AUGACUAUUAGACUUUUAAAGAAUUUAAGAGAAAAAAUAUUGAUAAAUUGGAGAGGUCGGAACGUAUUAUUUUUAAAACUCAUUGAGAAACUUAAAGAAUCUCCCGAGAGUGAUGAAGUCCGAAUUUUAACGCGCAAAACAACUAAUGAUGAAAGAGGAGAAAAAAUCAACGAUGGUUUGGAAGAUUAUUAUGACCCAGAAAAAGGUUAUGAUGAUUAUAAUUCAGUAGGUUCAGGAGAUGAGGGUGAUAAUAAUUACAAAGGUUAA